AUGUGGCGCCAAGAGGUCCCGCAGGAUUUUAAAGACGCCACAGUCGUGCACCUAUACAAACGGAAAGGGAACCACCAGCCCUGUGAAAAUCAUGGAGGCAUCUCCUUGCUGAACACCGCCGGGAACAUCUUCACUGUCAUUCUUCUCAACCGUCUGAAACAAUGUCUUCUGCCAGAAAGCCAGUCCGGCUUCCGCCGUUAUAGUGGAACCACCGACAGGAUCCUCGCCGCCCGUCAACUGCAGGAGAUGCGGACUCACCUGUACUCUACCUUCGUGGACCUGAAGAAAGCCUUCGACACGGUGAAUCGUGAAGGACUGUGGAAGAUCAUGCAGAAAUUCGGCUGGCCCGAACGAUUCACUCAGAUGGUGCGCCAGCUCCACAACGGCAUGAUGGCGCGAGUCACGGACAAUGAAGCUGUCACAGAGGCAUUCGCAGUGACCAACGAAGCGAAGCAGGGCUGUGUCCUCGUCUCAUGUUCUCUGCAAAGCUGA